AACGACGACGCCCUCAAGAACCAAGAGAAGUGUUCGAGGCAAAGGGACUUCUUUCCGUCCCACCAGUUGAUGCUCUCAGCUGUCCGAACUCAAAUUGCAAAACAGGUCAUAAGGCCCUUAUCGGAAUCGUCUUACACCCCUUCCAACCUCUAUUGCCACACUCGCAGAGCUCCUCUUUCAAGACGGCUCUUUUCUUCCAAUAGAGCGCCGUUCAUCCUCUCGGCAUCCGCACGUCCCAAACCCGCCACCGCAUUUGCCCUGGCAUCCAGCGCCGCGACAGUCGCCGCAGUCAUCGCCAACUCCCGAUCUAUCCACGCCGAGUCUGAAGACAAAAUGGCACCCUCAGCCACUUCCAAUGGCGUCUCUGCGGAGCAGAAGAAGCACAAGGUGGUCAUCAUCGGAUCGGGCCCUGCCGGCCACACCGCGGCCAUCUACCUGGCUCGUGCUGAGCUGAAGCCGGUGCUCUUCGAAGGCAUGCUUGCCAACGGCCUCGCCCCCGGUGGUCAGUUGACGACGACGACGGACGUGGAGAACUUCCCCGGUUUUCCGGACGGCAUUCGAGGACCAGAGAUCAUGGACAAGUUCCGUGCACAGUCGGAGAAGCAUGGCACGCAGAUCUUCACCGAGACAAUCACCAAGCUGGACUUGUCGCAGCGGCCGUUCAAGUUCUGGCGCGAGGGCCAGGAGAACGAGGCGCCGGAGUUGGCAGAGACCAUCAUCAUGGCCACGGGUGCCAGUGCGAGGAGGAUGGAUCUGCCUGGCGAGUCGACGUACUGGCAGAGCGGCAUCAGCGCGUGUGCCGUGUGCGAUGGUGCCGUGCCGAUCUUCCGGAACAAGCCACUGGUUGUCAUUGGUGGCGGUGACUCGGCUGCCGAAGAGGCGACAUACCUGACAAAAUACGGCUCCCACGUCUACGUCCUCGUCCGCCGAGAAGAGCUGCGGGCGUCCAAGAUCAUGGCCAAGCGGCUGCUGAACCACCCCAAAGUCACCGUCCUCUUCAACCACGUUGCCCUCGAGGCAAAGGGAGAUGGCGACCUGCUCAAGGCUGUUCGUGUCAAGGACAUCAAGAAGAACGAGGAGAGGGACCUCGAGGCCAACGGUCUCUUCUAUGCCAUCGGCCACGUCCCCGCCACCGACCUGGUCAAGGGUCAGGUCGAGUGUGAUGCCGACGGUUACAUUGUCACCACGCCAGGUACUGCCAUGACGAGCGUCAAAGGCGUCUUUGCCGCCGGUGACGUGCAGGACAAGAAGUACAGACAGGCCGUGACGUCGGCUGGUACGGGCUGCAUUGCCGCGCUCGAGGCGGAGAGAUUAUUGGCAGAGGAGGAAGAAGCCGACAUGGCUGACAUUGUCGAGGCCAACCGAUAUGGGGAGCCCAACACGGCCAAGGCCAAGGCUUAGGCUUAAUAGAGCAUCUAGAAUUCUCUUCUCUAGUCUUGUUCAAUCGCUUCUCCGGGGACUGUCCUUACCAACGAUUCAUGCCAAUAUCAUAUCAAUCUUUCUGAUCGCGUCUUGUCUGGCGUUGUUUUAUUGAUGAACGCCGUGGCGGACAAGGAGAGGGCGUCGAGGACGUGGAAUUCUCUCGCCAAUCUAACUCUUGCGCCGAGCCUCAGCCGCUCUUCAAGCCCAACCGCGAUCAAGUGCCUUGAGAGACCCUUGUCUCCCUCCUCUCAUCUCUCCAUCUCAAAGAAACUUUCGCAGGCAGGCCUGGAACUCUCCUUCUCUUAUUCUCACUCGCAGUCUAGGCCACAAGGGCCUAUAUCCAGCGGACCACGACGGGUAGCAUGAAAAAGGCC